CUGAAUUGUUGGGAUACCCCUACUUUACCAAAAGCCGGCGGUAUGCCUAACUCAUAUAAAUUGUGAUCCACUGUUAUGAGCUCACUGGUUCAUUCAUGUAAGAAAGUAGCACGCUUGUAUCUCCGCUUAAAAUGCAGAAAGAGAUACCUGGAGAAGAACGAUUCAAGGUCAGGAGACUAGAGAUCUCAGACAAGAGCAAAGGUUUCAUAGAGCUCCUGCAACAACUAAGCGUUUGUGAUUCUGUGCCUGAGGAGGAGUUCAGAACACGGUUUGAAGAGCUCAAAUCUCAUGGCGACGAUCAUGUUAUCUGCGUCAUAGAGGAUGACCAAUCCGGGAAGAUCAUCGCUACGGGCAGCGUCUUCGUGGAGAAGAAGUUUCUGCGCAACUGCGCGAAAGUAGGGCACAUUGAGGAUGUGGUCGUCGAUUCUAGUGCUCGAGGGUUGAAAUUGGGGCAGAAGAUUGUUUCCUCUCUCACGGAUCACGCUCGAUGUGUCGGUUGCUAUAAGGUAAUUCUCGAUUGCAGCGUUGAUAAUAUAGGGUUUUAUGAGAAAUGCGGGUUCAAGCAGAAGGAGAUUCAAAUGGCGAGGUAUUUCGAUCAGUGAAAGUAAUUACUACUGAGAUAUUAUUCAUCGAAAAGUAAUUUCUCAAUUUGUAAUUAAACUUUGAAAAUUUUGCAUUGGCAUAUCCUUUUGGACAAAUAUUCAGCUGUGACUCUCAGAUUUGCAAUGUGAAAUCAGCUUGAAUGCA